ACACUUUCUCUCACCACCCUCCCUCCUUCCUUAUUCAUCCACAUCUCUCUCUCUCUCUCCCCCUCCAACCCCAAACAGACAAAAACCCUCACAAAUCCUAGCACUCUCUCGCCUGCUCGCUCGUAUUCCAAUCAACAAAUCGCCUCCCAUACUUUUCCCGAUCGAAUCGAUCACUAUUAAAUGGAUCAGAUUCAUCUUCAUCAUCAUCUUCGUCCCCAGCACCAGCAACAGCAUCAUCAUCUUCCUUCUCAAGUACAGCCUCUCGGUAUUACCAUAAACGUCGAUGCGAGUAGUGGCGUCGUUGUCGAUAGGUUACCUCAGUGGAGCGUCCAAGAGACGAAGGACUUUCUGGCUAUUCGAGCAGAGCUGGAUCAGAAUUUUAUGGAGACCAAGAGGAACAAGCAGUUGUGGCAGUUUAUCUCUAACGCCAUGAGCGAAAAGGGUUAUCUUCGAAGCCCGGAGCAGUGCAAGUGCAAAUGGAAAAACCUCGUCACCAGGUACAAGGGAUGUGAAACAGCGGGGCCAGAAACUGUAAGGCAGCAAUUCCCAUUCUACAGCGAGCUUCAAGCGAUUUUCACGGCGAGGAUGCAGAGAAUGGUGUGGGCGGAGGCGGCGGAAGGAGCUGGAUCGUCGAAGAAGAAGACGGCGUCGGAUGACGACGAAGACGACAAUGAAGAGAUGAGCAUGGAUCUGCAGGGAGAGACGAAGAGCUCCAGAAAGAAGGUGAAAAGAAGCAGAAGUAACAGCAGCGAGAGCAGCGGUAAGAGGUUGAAGGAAAUACUGGAAGAGUUCAUGAGGCAACAAAUACAGAUAGAGUCACGGUGGAUGGAAGCAUUUGAAGCGAGAGAGAAGGAAAGGAUGAUGAAGGAGAUGGAGUGGAGAGAAUCCAUGAAAGCUUUGGAGAAUGAGAGGACGGUGAUGGAGCAGAGAUGGAGAGAGAGAGAACAAGAGAGGAGUAUAAGGGAAGAAGCUAGGGCUGAGAGAAGAGACGCGUUAAUCACUGCUCUCCUUAACAAGCUCACAAGACAAGAAAUGUAGUUAAUUAUAUUUGUAUUUUUGCAGAAUUAAAUUAUUGUAGUUGUAGCUAGCUUCUAGCUUUUAUGGAUAUUUGAUCAAAAUUCACUUAGUCAAUAAGUGUCC